GAAAGGGAGAGAUGGAGAAGAUGAGAGGACAUGUAUUAGCAGUGCCCUUCCCAAGCCAAGGACACAUCACCCCGAUUCGCCAAUUCUGCAAACGUCUUCACUCCAAAGGUUUCAAAACCACUCACACUCUCACCACUUUCAUCUUCAACACCAUCCACCUCGACCCAUCUAGUCCCAUCUCCGUAGCCACAAUCUCCGACGGAUACGACCAUGGAGGCUUCUCAUCAGCCGGUUCUGUCCCUGAGUACCUCCAAAACUUCAAGACCUUCGGCUCCAAAACCGUUGCUGAUGUCAUCCGCAAGCACCAGAACAGUGAUAACCCCAUCACUUGUAUUGUCUACGAUUCUUUCAUGCCUUGGGCACUUGACCUUGCAAGGGAGUUCGGUUUAGUUGCUGCUCCUUUCUUCACGCAGUCUUGCGCCGUCAACUAUGUCAAUUAUCUUUCUUGCAGAAACAAUGGAAGCUUGACUCUUCCCAUCGAGGACUUGCCUCUUCUUGAGCUCCAAGAUUUGCCUACCUUCGUCACUCCUACUGCCUCCCACCUUGCUUACUUUGAGAUGGUGCUUCAACAGUUCACCAACUUCCAGAAUGCUGAUUUCAUACUCGUUAAUUCCUUCCAUGAGCUUGACCAUCAUGAAGAGGAGCUGCUGUCGAAGGUUUGUCCUGUGUUGACAAUUGGUCCAACUGUUCCAUCAAUGUACUUAGACCAACAGGUCAAAUCAGACAACGACUAUGAUCUAAACCUCUUUGACUUAAAAGAAGCUGCCUUGUGCACCGAGUGGCUAGACUCAAGGCCACAAGGGUCGGUGGUUUACAUAGCUUUUGGGAGCAUGGCUAAACUGAGUAGUGCGCAGAUGGAAGAGAUUGCUUUGGCGAUAGGCAACUUCAGCUACCUGUGGGUGGUCAGAGCUUCAGAGGAGUCAAAGCUCCCAUCAGGGUUUCUUGAAACAGUGGAUAAAGACAAGAGCUUGAUAUUGAACUGGAGUCCCCAGCUUCAGGUUCUGUCACACAAAGCCAUCGGUUGUUUCAUGACUCAUUGUGGUUGGAACUCAACCAUGGAGGGUUUGAGUUUAGGGGUUCCCAUGGUGGCUAUGCCCCAGUGGACUGAUCAACCGAUGAAUGCAAAGUAUAUUCAAGAUGUGUGGAAGGUUGGGAUUCGUGUGAAAGCAGAGAAAGAAAGUGGGAUUGCCAAAAGAGAGGAGAUUGAGUUUAGCAUCAAGGAAGUGAUGGAAGGAGAGAAGAGCAAAGAGAUGAAGGAGAACGCCGAAAAAUGGAGGGACUUGGCUGUCAAGUCACUCAGUGAAGGAGGCUCUACAGACAUCAACAUUAACGAAUUUGUAUCCAAAAUUCAAAUCAAUUAAGUUAUGCACAUGGUGAAAUGUAGCAAAGAUUGUUAUGCUUCUAAUGUAGCAAAGAUAUUUCAAUAAAACCU